AUGAUGCCGGGCUUCAUUGAUUUGUGGAUGCUUGGGGUGGCCUGUUUGUUCUUUGUUGCGAAUGCACAGAAUCUCGUCCACUAUUUGUCAAAGCCAUGGUACUUGCGCCCCAGAGUGGCUUUCCCGGAUCUGCGGAUCCAGAAACGGGUGGAGAGCGCUCCUUUUUAUUGGCGCACACCCAUCUUUAUCAUCUGCCGGGACCGUCUGUACUAUCUGCAGAUGCUGGUGUCUCAGCUACAUUCCUUGGGGUACUACCACCUCAUCGCUUUGGACAACAACUCGACAUACAAGCCGCUUCUGUCCUAUUACAGGGAGAAGCUCCUUUGGGUCGUUCGCAUGGCCUCUAACUUGGGCAACGAAAUCUCUAAAGUGCUGUGGAGGAUGCAUUGGAAUCGCUCCACCAGCAUGGUUGAAUACAUCAAUCAGUUCGGAGGUCGAUAUGUUUUGGCCGAUCCGGACACACUCUUUGAGGCCAACGUCCCCCGGAACUGGCUGCAGCACUUCUGGGAGAUAAUGGACCGGCAUCGAGUGCGAAAGGUGGGAGCUGCCCUGCGCCUGGAUGACCUACCAGAGCAUUAUGCGGCUCGGAAACAGGUUUGGCAACACGAGUGUCGGUUUUGGCAAGAAGAUCUCUUAGUUCCUGGAGAAAGGCAAGUGUUCUGGGCAGCUAUCGACACCACAAUUGGACUUGCAAAAAUUUCACACGAAACGAUGCCUGCUUCAAACCCUGGGACAUGCCUACGUGUGGCGGGGCCUUUCGCUGUGAGGCACCUGCCCUGGUAUGAGAACAGUGGCUGGCUUCUACCUGACGUGGGAUAUGCCAGGAAAAACCGAGAACGGGGUCACACAUUUGGUUGGUGGUCCCAUGCUGAGGGAUUUGCAAGGAGAGGCAAGCAGGUCAUCGAUUCGGAAAGUCCCACAGGACAAUUCCAACGUCCUGUGAACCAAACAUUUGCUUUCCCUGCUGGCGUCCAAUAUGUAGGCUUUUGCAGGCGAUUUUCACAGGGCAUCGCAGUGACAGCAGUGCAGCCACCGCAGUGUCAGCAUUCUUAUGUUCCGGAAACUGAAGUAUCCCUGAUGGAGAAGGCCGGCGUGAAGUUGCGUUUCGCAGGAAGCGCAGGGCAUGAAGACUCUUGGCGAAGCUUCCGUGGUGAAGGUUCCCAGUUCUUUGCUGUGAGGCGCCUUCUGAAGGACCAGGUUCGAGUGGUCCUUGACAUAGGCGCUGGGAUCGGGCUGGCAGCGAUUUGGUUCGGACAGCAGGGCGCCAGGGUGGUUGCGCUGGAACCCGAGCAAAGUUUCUUCGAGGCGCUUUGUCGAAAUCUCGCAGCCAAUGCCCCGGAGGAUGUGGGCAUUCGGGUGAAGGCACUCAGGGCGGUUCUGGGCCCCCGGGACGAAGAGUUGUCGAUCUCAGCUUCGACGUCUUCUUUCCAAACGCAGUCGGUCUCCAUUUCGACCUUACGGCUGCAAGCCAUAGAGUUGGAAGAUGUGGGCUUGGUAAGGCAGCUCCGCAACAACAAAGGCAACGGCGGCAGUGCAGGAGGUCUUACAGCUUUGCGGCUUUUUGUACUCGACACGCGGAACGACUCUGUGGAACUUUUCAGAGAGGACUUGGAGGCACUUCAGAAGGAGACGAGAGGAGGUGCAUGUGCCUAUCGUAGUGCGAAUGGGCAUUUCGCUGAGAGCCAAACAGAGAGCCGUGCCUCACUGCUCAUCAAGAUUCAAGAGAGUGUCUUGAGACGUGGGGCAUCGUGGGAGGAAGCAGAGCAGGAUGCAGCUGAGAUGCUGCUUUGUCAUGCAAUGUCAAGUCAGUGUGCCAAUAUGACGGUGUUCUUGACUUCGCUUGCCUGGGAUUUGGUGGAGUCAGGCCCGCUCAGUGCAUUCGAUGCGAUGGAUCGACCAGGACUUGAUCCGAGCCUUGCUUGCUUAGAACCGGCGCUGGAGGAGUUGAUCGCUGAUCUGGAUACAGUCAUGAUUCGAGAUCAGGAGCCCAGCCUUUGGACUUUGACGGCCGGUCUUAGCGCACUCCGAGCCGUCUCCAUGCCCUGCCUUCUUGGAAGUCUCGGGUCCCACCCAGAGAUCUUUGAGCGAGGCUCUUGUUUUGCCAAGUCCAUGCGACUUGCCAUCUCCUCCAUGGGGAAUGCCGGUCACUGGGACUUGGCACGCCGUCUUUUCGAGAUGGCCACGACAGUUUAUGUGGGCCGAGUGCAACUUGCGCCGUGGAUGUCUUUUCAUUUUAUGCCACUUCCUUACCUUCCCCAGUUAUUGAGCAAACCAUUUUGGGAGUCAGACUUGUCGGCACCCAUCCCCAGGCUUAUUUCCAUGCUCGAAAGAAACUGGCGGACACUCAGAGAGGAGUUUGUGUCUGCAUCAUUGUCAGAGGACGGACGCAGUCAGCUCUCGCGUGAUGCGUACAAAGAGACGCUGAAUAAAGAAUGGGUCAAGAUGGAGCUCUUCAAUUGUUUAGGCGGAUGGGAUAGGUGCGAAACUCAACUGGGGAAAUAUCCGUUGCAUGAGAAAGUGGGCUGGAUUAUUCUCAAAGCAAACCAAGCAGCACCCUAUCACACUGGCGAUUCACGACGCAUCAACUUGUUUGUAUGUUUGCUCGGAUGUGAGGGUGCAUUUGUUGUGGUUGCUGGUGUGCUGCGCGUGUUUGAGCCUGGACGCGUGGUGUCUUAUCAAGAUGGUUUUGGGCAUCUUGCUGUGAACAGCGGCGACAAGGACCGGGUGCUCUUCAUCGUCUCAAUGUUGCAUCCUCAGCUCUGGAGCUUGGUUGAAGAUGAGCGGGCCGAGAGCGGCUGGCACUACACUCGUGACGCCGAAGGCAGAAUGGGUGUCGAGCUGCAGCAAGGAUUUGCAAGCGUCGAACCUCGGGGCCGUGCCGAUUUUGUCCUUCCAUCAUUCAAGUCUCGCUCUGAAUUUGGUGAGAUCCUGUCGAAGUUGAAUUUCACCAAGGGCGUUGAAAUUGGAGUGCAGAGAGGUGCUCACGCAGAGCUCCUGCUCAACAAGUGGCGUGGCUGUGGCCGCUUUGUUCUUGUGGACCUCUACAAGCCAGCAGAUGUGGAAGCAGACCACCCCCGAUUCAAGCAGCAUGUGAAAAGCAAGGACAUGCAGUUGUCAGAAAUGUUUAACAGGAAGCUGAAGCGAGGAAAGUGUGUGGAAAGCUUUGAGCAAGCUCUGGAAAGCCCAAGAUGCGGCACUCAAUUGGAGCUGUGCGCAGAUUUUGCACACAAGUGUGCCGAUCGCUAUGCAGACCAUUCCUUCGAUUUCAUCUAUGUUGAUGCCAUGCAUGACCGCAAGUCUGUUUUGCGCGACAUCAGAACCUGGUGGCCGAAAUUGCGACAAGGUGGCAUCAUGGCUGGACACGACUACAUGGAUCACAACUCGUACGUCCGCCAUGGUUUCAGGAAAGCGCUGGCAAGGUACAGUGUAAACUUCGACGGGACGCCGGAUGACACGAAGCGUUUUGCAAGAGGUGCCGUGGACGACUUCUUCAGCUGCGCAGUUGCGGAUGAGCACGACACCGUCCCUUCGCGGGGCCGGCACUGUGAACAUAGGCGUCAGGUCUCCAUUGCGUACGAUAUUGACGAGACGCUGGAUGAUACGUCACCAGGGCCAGUGUUUAAGGCUUGGGGCACAUCUCAUGGCGAGGAGGAUAAGAUUGAACAGGAAGCUCAAGCGUCUGGGAGCAGCUGUGACUUUAUGCGGUCGCCCUGUGACGAGGAGCAGUGGGCCUCUAAGUUCUCUGUCGCCCGGCAGCGGGGGGAGGAGGUGAUAUUGCUGCGGAAGCUGAUGGCCAGCUCCUCGUGCCCGGAGGUGCAGACCACCCGGCCAGAGGAAGCUGAUGUAUUCGUGGUGCCCUAUCUGGCUGGGCUCGACUGCUUCUUUGCUUCCCACCAGUUUCGAUGCCCAUUGAAGUCGGACGCACAGGCGCUGGAUCUGUUUAAUUUCCUGGACCACUAUUCUCCUGCUACGCGUCAUCGCCAUCUCUUUCUAGCCACUGCAGACCUACAUAGCCUUCCUCUGCAACUUCAGGCUCAGCCUCUUCUGGUCUCUCAUGGGGCGGCUUGGGGAGGUUCACCAGGUCAGCUGGUCUCCUCUAGCGGUGUGGCAGAUGUCUUUGCACACAGGCCUCUACCUCACAUGCAGCGGCAAGAUCCUAUUCUGUUUUGGCUAGCCACCUCCAUGACGAGCGCCUUGCGGCGCAUGAUGGUGACGCAACUUCUCCAAUUCCAUGACAUGUUUCCAGCGGAGCGGCGUGGAGAUGUGUUGGGUCGCGGAGGCAAGGUCGUCGUCCAUCAGCUGGAGCGCAUGACGCAGCAGCCUCCGCCCAAGCAGUUUGCGGACGAGCGGCAACGGGCACUUUUCUGCCCAGCUCCACCUGGUGAGACGUCUGGAGGUUUGAAGCGUGUCAUGGAUGCGCUGCUUGCUGGCUGCCUGCCCGUGGUGGUGGCUUUCCAGACGAACAUGGGCAGCGGAACGAGCUGGUGGCGCCACAACGGUCCCCCAUUGGAGUGGAGCCUUCCCUUCCCGUGGGAGAUUGACUGGCGCCGGUUGGUGGUGGAGGUGAGUGAGGCGGACUUCUGGGAAGGCAAGCUUGCCCAGACGUGCGUGGGCCUCUCGGCAGAGGAGGAGUCAGACAAGCGCAGCUACCUGGCGAAAGUGCGAGGCCUCCUCCGCUAUGACCUCGCAGGGGGCAGCCGGGAUGCUUUCAGCCUGCUGAUGGACGGCGUGCGCAGGUCACUACGCCAACAGGAGGUCUCGGGCGCUGCGCAGAACUCUGCUUGGUCUGUUUUGGUUCCCCAUGUCUGCACCGCCAUUCCUCGGCAAAUGGAGCGAGUGAAGAUGUACAUGAACGAGGCAAGUUCCGUCGAGAAGCGAUGGUCCAACGCUUUCUCUGAGAUCACCUGCCAUGAUCCGGGUUGGUGGAGACCCGCGAGUGCUCUUUGGAAUGUCAGCAUGCGUUCAGCAGUCUCCCUGGAACAGUAUUCUCUGGCAGCUACGUGGUUGCUUGGGAAUCAGCACUACGUCCAUGUCUACGACCGUCUGAAGAGGGACGUUGAUGAUCUGAGGGAGCAGAGGCGUUUACUGUCUGCAUCGUGGUUCGCCUCGUGCUUUCCAGAUGUCCCCGUGGCCUGCCACGAAAACCUGGUGCAAGUGGAGGGCCAGGUGGCUGUGGAAAGGUGCAUGGAGGAACCCUUGACUCAACCUGGAACCAGCUGCAGGUUGCUGCCCGAGGUCGCGCAGAUUCCACCUCUCUUGACGCCCAGGCCCUUGCUUCAAAUGGAGCUGGUGAAGGCUGUUUGCAACCCACUUCACGAGAACGGGGCUUCUGCCAGCAACUUGACAUGGGUCAUCGGAGCCGACACGGAGCUUGUCAUCCACACAGCAAUCUACAACUCCUGUGAGUUGGCUGGCAAGGAACGCGGUGGGCGACUGCUGCUUCAACAUACGAUGGCACGCUUGUACCAUUCUCUCCGCGGCGAGAGAAUCCCAGAACUCCUGAUGCUUGUUGGGCUUGCUGAGACUGCGGGAGUGCUAAGUGUGGAAGCAAUCAGGGAGAAGUUUACAGCACGCUUGUCGUCGAGGCUCAAGAGAGGCGUCUGGAAUUGGAUCUAUGUUGUGGAAGGCCCUCCAGGACAGUCUGACCCGUGCCAGGGUGACAACUUCAUGUCCGUCAGCUGCCAAACUGAUUCAGUUCCGCGAGCGCUGAUCUUCCCCACCAAGCUUUUCAGGCGGGGCUUGCUGCAGAGUCUGGAAGCAGCUUCCGGGCUAAGUUCCGAGGAUCCCAGGGAUGAUCUCUUGAUCCUCAAGGCAAUGUUCCAGUAUGGCGCUGGCCAAGUGGAGAUCCUGCACGAGCCGCUCCCGUACGAACUUGGCUCCAAGGAUGACCCGCGGGUCCCUGAUGCUGUCCGAGCCUAUGAGGCCUUCAAUGGCAGUUCGUACCUCCAUCUCGGAUGUGCCGUUUGCCUGCAGAACCGGGGCAUGUUCUUCUUAUUCGAUUGGCAGCCGGAGAUGACCCUGCGUCGCGGCAUUCUUGGGCUGAUCUUCAACAGCUUGGGGCUGAGUGCCAAGACUAUCGCCAUUGUCGGGGGCUGCAUGCCGUUGUCAGACAGGCCUCCAACACUUCAGGAGCUCAUGGAGGAUCAACAAGAAAGCGUUGAAGAGAAGAGCAUCUUGUGCACGCGGAGCACGCACUGCAGCGUGGUUCCCUCACCCAUCUGGGAGCUUGUCCCUGCUGUUUUGUUGCUUCCAGAAAAGUGGAGUCUGAUGUGCGAGCCAUUGCGGGCGACAUUGAUGAACAUGAAAAUUGAAACAGACAGCGCGUCCCAGGCAUGGUUCCAAUUGGCGGCCAAAGUGUGCAACGAAAGUGAGAAAUCCAAGGGAGAGGUCAGCAUUGACGAAAAGUCUGGAGUUUGGGGCUUUACCUCUUGUCACAGGAGGUAUUACCUGGACAUGGGUUUGGCCCAGUACAUGGGCGUCCUUUUUGCCAAGUCCAGCGUUCUGGAGUUUGGAGCUGGCUGUGGCUGCUAUACUGCUUAUUUGCGAGACGUCGCCCAUACUCAGUCCGUCACUGCAUACGACGGCAUCCCGAACAUCAGAAAUCUUACACGUGACCUUGUUUACGAGGCAGACUUGACUAAGGAUUUGAGCUCUCUGAUCCAGGGCCAUGACUGGACUUUGUGUACCGAAGUUACAGAGCAUAUACCUGGCGAGUUUGAAGACAUGGUGCUAGCAAACAUCGCGUUGCGCGCUCGCUGUGGUGUAUUGUUGAGUUGGGCCGUCCCGGGUCAAGGAGGCGCGGGACACGUGAACGAAAAGUGGAAUGAGUAUGUGGUGUACCGAAUGCAAAGCUUGGGCCUCCACUUCGAUCUUCAGAGCAGCCUGGAUCUCCGUUCUGCCUCUGAUACCUGUCACUGGUUCAAGAGAACGUUGAUGCUUUUUCGCCGCCCAGAUUCGCCAGGGCAUUGCCAAGAGUCGCAAAAAACCACCAAUGUUUACAUCUACGAUCACCACGUGCUGCGGUUUCUCCGGCCCAGGCUGAGCGGAGUCAGCCCUCAGCUGUGGAACGACUACUACGAGCUCUCCAACAGUCCCUGGGACGUGUUGAACCGGAGCGAGGCGGAUGUUCAGGAAUUGGAGGUAUCCUUUCCAGAUGCCAUUUUGCAAAAAGAGCUGCGAGGUGUGGUGGGAAGCCGCUGGCGGCAAGUGAGGGUGGUGCAGGAGCCGAAGGAGGCGGAGCUGCUGCUCUUCGUGGUCUGGCAAGAGGCCUUCUGUCGCGCUGCUGGUGAUAUUGGUGAAGUGUUCCCCUGUCCAAGCUACCUGAAGCUUCUGGACUGGCUGGAAACGACAUCAGGGUGGCAGCUUCAUCAAGGCCGUAACCAUGUGAUCUUGCUGGACCACCUACCCAGUGUCAUACGCGCCAGAGCGGGAGUAACGCGUCGUUCGAUUGUGGCCACUACGGGGGAUGGCGCGGGCGGCAGUCAUCCCAUUUUGCGAGACCAAUCUGUUGCUUUAGUGCUUCCCUACUAUGUGCAUUUUUGGAAGUAUCAUGCAGGACCUCCAAACCGGGCACGGAAGGCACUGAUAGGUUUUGUGGGGAGCAAGAACCACGUGCCUCACCGAGCACUAAAUGCGACGGCGCGCUCCUUGAAUCUGGCGAAGGACUUGUCUGAAAACUGCCUGCCAGGUGAGUGCUUGGUACGAUGGACGGAGCGGGCGACACGCAGGGAUUACAAGAUCCUGAAGCACUCCAUCUUCUGUCCUGUCACAAGCUCCAAGUUGUUCUUCUUGGCAGUCCUGGCCGGAUGCAUUCCCGUCAUCGUUUCAGACCUGCCUUUACCCUUCGAGUUCAUCUUGUACUGGGAGGGAAGUCACAUCUCCAUCUCUGAAGCCGACUUUACAAGGCCAGCUUUUUCACUUCCAGAGUUUGUUCGCUCGAUGAGCUUGAGAAAAGUUAAUAAGAUGCAGGUGCGUCUGGUUGAAGUUCAAUCGGCGUUGAUUUUCUCCCAUGGCUGUUCGCCACUAUGGAAGUCUCGGCUGCCUUCAAGACAGCGGACGCCCUGGUGCCGACAUCAAGCAGAGAGCAUGCCUGAUGCAGUGGACUAUUUUGUGCAUGGCGUGUUACAUGUCCACAAUUUGCGCAGCACUGCCUAA